AUGUCGUCGUCCGUCUUUUUCAAGUUCAAGUCGCAGAAGGAGCCCACGCGAGUGGAGUUCGAUGGCACUGGGAUUUCGGUUUUUGAGCUAAAGCGAGACAUCAUCUUGAAGAGCGGGUUAGGUGACGGCACUGACUUCGAUCUGGCUAUCUACACCGAGGACGGUAGUGAGGAGUACGAUGAUGACACCACCAUUAUCCCUCGAUCGACAACCGUAGUUGCUCGACGUCUUCCUGCGGCGAAGCCGGGCGCUGGUCGCGGCGCACGAUAUGUAUUGGGCAAGAUGCCUGUGUCAGCAAAGAACUCCGCGCGGAAGGAGCAGACGAUUAAGCCGAUAGCUGCGAAGCCGUCUACGAAUGCCCUCGCCCAGAUGAGCAGUGCUAUGACAGAAGACGAGAAGAUGGCAGCCAUGUUCGCUGCGCAGAGUGAGCAGUGGUCAGCUCAGCAAGAAGAGAUGUCACACCAAACACCGGUCUUCAACAAAGGUGGCGCGAAGAGGCCAGCUAAUGUUCCGGACCACGAUCCUCCUAAUGGCUACAUUUGUUAUCGCUGUGGAGAGAAGGGCCACUGGAUUCAGCUAUGUCCCACUAAUGAUGAUCCCGAGUUUGACAACCGGCCACGUGUGAAACGGACAACGGGUAUUCCGCGCUCAUUUCUGCGGACCGUGGACAAAUCCGUUGCCCUUGCACAGAACGGUGAUGACGAUUCCAAGAGACCUUCGGGAAUCAUGGUGAAUGCCGAGGGAGAGUUCGUCAUUGCCGAACCUGAUAAGGCGUCUUGGGAGCAGUUUCAGGCCAAGGCCAAGUCGUCAGCCUCGGCGGCAAAGGCCAUUGCCAUGGGCGACAAAGAUGUGCAGGAGAGGGGAUUGGCUUGCCCAAUUGACAAGAAAAUGUUCAUAGAGCCAAUGAAGACCCCGUGCUGCCAGAAGACGUAUUGUAAUGAUUGCAUCACCAAUGCUCUCAUCGAGUCAGACUUCGUCUGCCCGAACUGCAACACGGAUAGCGUCUUGAUUGACGAUUUGAAGCCAGAUGAUGAGGCUGUCAAGAAGAUGAACGAUUACUUGAAGGAGAAGAUAGAGCUGGAGAACCCGACUACGACUACGCCCAACGCCGGCGCCUCCUCGCCAACUCCUUUGGUCAAGGAUGCACCUCAAGGCAAGACUGAAAAAUCCCCGCAAGCCUCGCAACUACUACAGACCGAUAAGGAGAAGGCCUCAUCCAAGCCCCCGACGCCUGCCGUGGCCAAGGUCUCGCCCAAGGCCACUCCAGCGCACACAACGCCGCCUAAAUCGGCAGCGGCGACACCAACGCAGGCGCCGACGGAAGGAGCACCGUCUACCGAAGCCAACGCCAAGAAACGACCAGCCGACGACUUGCUUGAGAAUCCAAAGAUUCCAAAGGCACCCAAGGCUAUGCAGAGGCAACAGGAACAACAACACCAGCAACAGGCCAUGCUGAACGGUCCUGGUGCGUUCGGUAUGCCCAUGAAUCCCAUGAUGGGCUUCGGAGGCUUCGGGGGCAUGAAUAUGAACAUGGGCAACUUCCCAAUGGGGAUGCCCAACAUGGGUGGCAUGAACAUGGGCAUGCCCAUGAUGAAUGGAAUGAACCCUAUGAUGGGUAUGCCCGGUUUCAAUCCCAUGCAAGGCGGCUUCCCCCCCGAUAUGAACGGCAAUGCCAUGUUCAACGGCAACUUCAACAUGAACGGGGGUGGUAUGAACGGCAUGAACGGGAUGCAGGGGUUGCCUGGAGGGCCCAUGAAUGGUUACGACAAUCAACAAAGACACAAUUUCACUCAGCCCAGCAAUGACGACGAUGCCUAUUUCCGCAGGCCUGUUAAUCCUCACCGUCACCAGAACCGACAGCGACGCGUGCCUCGCCCGAGCGACUACCGGGAACUGUGA